GAUUGAUUUGCAAAAACUAAUUUCUACUGAUGUAUGAUGAAGAUUUAAUGUUUUUGAAAAGAUCUGGAGCAUUGUGUCCCAGAAAUCUUCAUCAGCAACAUGUCAUCCUUUAUCCAUCACCAUCUGGAGCCUGAAAAUACCAAUAUGCCUACCUUCUACCCACAGCUAAUCCUCAUAACACAUGUUUGACCUCACCAAAUUGUACCACAACACUUUCCCAAGCAGCACACAUUUGUACCAUGCAGUGGCGACGGCGAUACUGCUGUCCAAUCAAGAUGACAUGGAAUAUCAAGAGGUCACUCUUCCGUAUGCACAUGAUGGGCCUGCUCAUGCUGGCCUUACUUUUCACCAUCUUUCUCAGCUACAAAGACUGGCUACCCAGGCAACCUGGCCUACGAGAAAAUGCUGUAGCCUACACAAUGCAUGGCAUGCAUCAUAUAAAGGAACAUGCUGAGGGUAACCAAAGCUUACUGCAAAGCCUCUGGAGGGAGUCAUUUAUUGUUCCUUCUAAGCAACCUAUGAACCUUAGUUCUCACCAAUCAGAGGUUGCAGUCCAAAGUAUCUCAGGAAUGGAAGCAUCACUCAGCACUAACAAAACAAAUGGCAAUACCUUGCACAGAGAAAUGGGGGUGGGAGAGCAACUGACACCUAAUCCAUACCGGUUUUUGCUAAAUGAGCCCUACAAAUGCCAAGACAGAAUCCCCUUUCUCAUUCUGCUCAUUGCAGUAGAGCCAGGGCAUGUGGAGGCCAGAAAUGCGAUCAGGCAAACAUGGGGAAAUGAGAGCAUGGCCGUGGGUGUGGGCUUUGUGCGCAUUUUUCUCAUGGGCAUGAAAAACAGUCCUGAUGGCCACGCUCAGAGUGCCAUUGUGGAAGAAAGCCUCCAGCACCAUGAUAUCAUACAGCAGGACUUCAUGGACACUUACUACAAUCUUACCAUCAAGACGCUGAUGGGUAUGAACUGGGUUGCCAAAUAUUGUCCUCAUGCUGGUUAUGUUAUGAAAACUGAUAGUGACAUGUUUGUCAAUACAGAGUACUUAAUCCAAAAGCUGCUGAAACCAGAGUUGCCACUUCAGCACAACUACUUUACCGGCUACCUAAUGCGAGGUUACGCCCCAAAUCGCAACAAAGACAGUAAGUGGUACAUGCCUCCAGAGCUCUAUUCCAGUGAGAGGUACCCCAUUUUCUGUUCAGGCACAGGCUAUGUGUUUUCCGGAGACAUGGCAGGCAAGAUCUACCAGGCAUCAUUAAGUAUACGUCGUCUGCAUCUCGAGGACGUCUAUGUUGGGAUCUGCUUAUCAAAGCUGCGUAUUGAUCCUGUGCCGCCACCAAACGAGUUUCUUUUCAACCAUUGGAGAGUUUCCUACUCUAGCUGCAAAUACAGUCACCUUAUUACAUCCCACCAGUUUCAGCCGAGUGAACUCAUCAAGUACUGGAACCACUUGCAGAGCAACAAGCACAAUGCUUGCAUCAACUCGGGAAAGGAAAAGAGUAGCAAACUGCGCCACAGGAAGCUGGAAUGGGAAAGGCUUCGGCGAUGACCACAUGCAUGACUUGGUGCACCAGUAUAUUUUAAAGCAUGUGUGAAAUCAAUCAAGUUCACUAAUAUAGGAAAGAGCACAGUUUAUGUGAUCAUAUAAAGUCAAUUAAAACUAUUUUUAAAAUUUGAUAGAUGUUCUGUAUUGUAAAUCUGUUUAGCUAUUUUUAAAGGGGAUUUGAGGUUAUGUUACUGUAUGUGCAAUAUAUAGCAUGCACAAAAAUUGUCAUAGGUGAGAUGACUUUUUUUUUUCAGGUGCCAAGAAAAAUGACAAUGCAACAAUUCUGUCUCCAAAUCCUUAAUAAUAUUUAUUUAUGUAUCAAAAGAAGAAAUCUUUAAAUUAAACAAUGAAACAGAUUAUAGUGGUAGAUUGUAUAUUUAAACACACACACACACACACACACUGGCCAGCCACAGGAACAACUGUAUCCCUGCUCAUUCAUGCAAUUAGUCAGUCAGACAAUCAUUUGAUCACAUUGUCACCCGUUCUGAUGUUUGAGGUAAACAUGAAGACCUGUAUCUGCAUGAUUUUCCACAUUGUGCUGCUGCCACAUGAUUGGCUGAUAGGGUAGUUCUGAAUGUGCAGGUGUACUGGUGUUCUGAUAUAGAGACAACGAGACAAAGAUUGUACUUUUGCAUAUGUUUACCCUUGCUGGAGAC